CACCAACUUGUUGCAUGUUCCCUCCUGUCCUCUUCGUGUUUACCCCACUUCAAACCUCGGCUCGGGAAUACUUGGCCAAUCAGAAGACCUAUAAAUGUUUGUACAACUUGUUUCAUAUCUGGGGUCGCAGAUAUCGCUUGGUGUUGGCAACUUCUUCCUUUGGACUUCCCAUGGAGCCCUGGUGGCAGGUGUUCACGCUGUCAUGGACGACGUGAAGAUUUCACGUACUAUAUUCCCAUUAUCGUUGCCGCGCCCAUGAUCUGCAUCAAACAUCACCGAAUCGCCACGAGGGCUGAUGUUUCUUACUCGUAACUAACCGUCGACUGAUUGCUUGACAUUUACUUGACAUGUUCCUCCGUUGAUAGGCACCCUUCGAAUAUGAUUCAGUCAGUCCCUCAAUUUUAUUCUAUCAAGGAUGUACGAGUCUCUGGCUCAGAUGUAUAUCGCUGGUAUCUGGCUGGAAGCGAUCUUGUAUGGUAUCAAUUGUGUACUAUUCUGCGUUUGUCUUUUCAUCGUGCUGGCCCACGAUGGAGCAUCUCGAAAAACGCUCUUGUUGUCAAGCAUCGUCCAAUUUUCGCUGGCCACAGCACAUGUCAUGAUAAGCUUGCUGGAGUUGAUGGCUGCUUUCACAACUUCAACCAGCGCUGCUAAUCAGUACUUCACCAACCCCGGUGGCAACCAACUGUUCGUCAGUGGCUUCUUUGUAUAUGUCGUUAAUACAUUUGCUCAAGAGCUACUCCUAAUAUGGAGAUUAUACAUUAUUUGGGAUCGAAAUUUCAAGAUUUGUAUCAUCCCACUCAUUAUCUGGAUGCUUCAUUGCAGUGUAGCAUCGAUCGCGGUGUCUGGCUUUAUACCUGCAACAGCCACAGCGCUCUCGCGCGAUGUCCAUUCAUACGGACUUGCCGGGUGGGGUCUCGAGACUGGUGUCAAUUUUCUUGCAUCAGGCGGCAUAGCCUAUCGUUUAUGGCACGCAGGACGCCGUACGGCCAUUCUCACUGGACGACCCAACUAUAAGGCUAGCUUUCUCAUCGUCAUUGAAUGCGGGGCUCUGAUCACCACAUGCACCGCGAUCAUGUUUGCCCUCUACGCAUCAAACAAACCAGAAGGACUCGUUGGGGUCGGAGCAGCUACUCAAAUUGCGACUAUUUCGCCAUUACUAAUCAUAGCACGGGUGGGUUUUGCUGCAUCCAAGAGAAAGACACCUCCGUCGGCGGCUACAUUUUCUACCUUUCCGAAUUCCUUGCCAGUUAAUGCUUCCAGAUCAAUGGAUACAUAUGGGGAUUACCCACUGGAUGAUAUUUCUGUAGCUGGGGGAAGUGAAUCGAGGGACAGGACAGAUACAAAGAUAGUGAUUGCAGCUUGAGUUGUGAAUUGAGUAUCAAUCAUGGUUUUCUGGUCUUACAUUAGGUUUUCGAUCGCAGAUAUCAGCAGAAAAUACAUAAUAAAGUCUCGAGGGUAAUCCCCUACGACAUCGAGAUUCGUGAGGUAGCUGCAGGAUCCAAAUUCCUUGGAAAGAGCGCAUGCACUUGUCCUCAUGUCGAGUCUAUCGGCAUGAGUUAAGAGGUAAUCCAACUAGCAAGAGGCCUUGACCGGUCUGCGCCAGCUCGAGCUCGAAC